AUGGGACUCCAUCAAGGAUUAGAGUCUUUUCCAAACCUGGAGUCACUAAAUUUGGCCGGUUGUCGUAACCUGACGGAUGAAGGACUAGUGGAGAUACUGAAAAUAUCUGGGAGUAAAAUCAGACUUCUAAAUCUAUCCCAAACUAGAAUAACUGGUACUGGAUUCCAUCAUGCAGGAGUAAAGUCCCUUCCAUACCUGGAGACACUGAAACGGUCUGGUUGGGGAAAACUAACAUAUGGAGGACUGGCAGAAAUGGUGAGAAAAUCUAAGAGUGAACUCGGAGAUCUAAAUCUCAAGCAAGCUAAAUCUCUUCCAAGCCUAGAGACACUGAACCUAUCUUAUUGUCAUAAAUUGACAGAUGAAGGACUGGGGGAGAUUCUGACAAUCUCUGGUAGUAACUAG